UUCCACGGUUCGCGGCUAGGCGUUCUCGACUCAUUCCGACCCGCAGCACAGCCCCGCUCAGCAGCGCCGAAAGCCAGCUGGAGAAACUACGUUGAAAAUGGAGGACGAAGGAAAAAUAUUCAUCGGAGGGCUCAGCUUCGAAACUACCGAGGACGGGGUGGCCGAGGCCUUCUGCAAAUACGGAACCAUCGAAAAAGUGGACGUGAUCAGGGACAAAGAGACCGGAAGAUCUCGCGGUUUCGGUUUUGUGAAAUACGACAACGUCGAAGAUGCUAAAGACGCCAUGGAAGCGAUGAACGGCAAGCAGCUCGAUGGCCGGUGUAUUCGUGUGGAUGCAGCUGGAAAGAGUGCGCGGAGAGGCGGCGGAGGAGCAGGAGGAUGCCCACGUGGUGGAAGAUUCAGCCAUAGUCGGGGGAGAGGAGGACAGGAGAGAAGCUAUGAGCGGAGUUAUGAAGACAGGGGAGACAGAGGCUACUCAGGAGGUGGAGAUAGGAGUUAUGGUGGUGGCGGCGGCGGCGGCAGCGGCGGGUACAGGAGUGGAGGACGAGGUGGACGAGGAGGAUCAUCCUACGGUGGAGGAGGAGGAUACAGAGAUAACAGGGGUCAAGGAAAUUACCGCGAGGGAUAUGAUGGCUAUGAGUAAACACCCCCCCCCCGAUUCAAGAUCAUCACGUGGCUGGCUGUAUUUCAAAGAUGCGCCGCUCAAGAAAAGUGUCCACGUGUUACUGCUGACCUUAGUUUUUGUAGUUCUGCUCAAGCAUCUUCAAAGAAAAAUUGGUAAUUCCUUAACAAACCCUUCCUUCAAAAGACUCUUGCUUAAUUGGGACAUCUCGAUUCCUCAAAGGUUGUUACAUCUGUAAUAACUUGAUUUUGAUUAGAACUUCAAGCAAGUCCCAGCGAGGGGCUCAAACAGCUCUCACAUGGAUUUUUCGUUGAACAGCCAUUGCUGUGGACAUUUUUUUUUCUCCUUUCUGUCCAGCACAUGUUUACUGAUUUUGAUUACUUUUUUUUUUAUUGAAAUAUCCGAUGGGGCUUGUUUUGUUUGCCCCCCUCCCCCGGCCGGUCUUUGUGUGACUGGCCUUCGUCUUGCCAGGUUUUAAACCGAAAGAAAAAAGUGGCUCUGUUUAAUCAAAUAUGCUUUUGUGACAUUUUAUGCUGAAUUCUUUUUUUUUACUAUUAAAAACUAAGUUUAUCCGAG